AACAGUUUCAGAGUUCAGACGUCUCUGUUCAGUUUGAGGGGGAAAACAUUGUCAACCUCUCCUUCCAACUUGUUGAUUUGCUGAAACCAAACGUCACACACACACACACUCACUCACUCACUCACUCAAAUCCCUUCCUCCCACAUAAGGCAGCUGUGCAUUUGCAGCAGACACUGUAGUUGGGACCUUGCUACCUUCCUGAAAUGGCUCUUGCAGACAGUCUCUGUGAACUGCCUAACGGGGAGUCUCCCUUCCCCGCUGUGGUGGAGCUGAAUGUCGGGGGCCAGGUCUAUGUGACUCGCCACCGCACCUUGGUGGCUGUCCCUGACUCCCUGCUCUGGGACAUGUUCAGCCGCAAAACCCCGCAGGAGCUGCCCAAGGACAGCAAGGGGCGCUUCUUCCUGGACAGGGACGGCUUCUUAUUCCGCUAUGUCCUGGAUUACAUGCGGGACCUGAACCUGGUGCUGCCGGAUUACUUCCCCGAGAGGAGCAGGCUGCAGAGAGAAGCCGAGUACUUCCAGCUCCGGGAGCUGGUCAGGCAGCUCAGUCUCAAAGUGAACCAGCAGAACUCGGUUAACGAGGAGAGCUGGCCGGCCAGCGACCUGGAAGAAGGAGUCCGAGGAGCAUCCUGCACGACCAAGCCCCGCCUGGCCACCUCCUCGGUUUUGGUGCCCCCAAGUCCAUCCUCAUCCUCGGAGACCACCCAGGCUAGGAGGUCAGGCUAUAUCACUGUUGGCUACAGGGGAUCCUACACCAUUGGCAGGGAUUGCCAAGCCGAUGCCAAGUUCCGAAGGGUGGCCAGGAUUACUGUGUGCGGUAAGACCUCUUUGGCCAAGGAGGUUUUUGGGGAGACCUUGAACGAGAGCAGGGACCCCGACCGCCCUCCCGAGAGGUACACGUCCCGUUACUAUCUCAAGUUCAAUUUCCUGGAGCAGGCGUUUGACUUGUUGGCAGAAGCUGGCUUCCACAUGCUGGCAUGUAGCUCCACUGGGACUUGCGCCUAUGCCAGUGACCAAGGAGAGGACAAGAUCUGGACCAGCUACACCGAGUACGUCUUCUGCAGAGGGUGAAUUCACCAGGGCCACAAGAGCGAGCUUCUUUUGAUAAACAAACCUCUCUUCAAUGCCAUGUUGCCUAUCCUGUUCAAAGAGCUGGAAGAUAUUUGACUAGCCACCACGUCAGAAUGGAUCUUUUCUUAACCUUUCUCUUUGUGUGAGUACUAUGGUAGGACAAUGUAGUGAGACCACUCGAUGCAGUGGUUAGACUUUAAGCAGGUAUGCCAACUAACGGAACAGACACAUUGAAAUGUAGCGCGCAAGAUAACAGCUGAAAUAAAGUGUUGCUGCUGGAAACUAUGGUUCAAAUAUGUUAUUUUAGUGAUUCUGAUAAGAACCAAUGAAUAGUACAGAACAAUGACAUUAAGUCAUUUUAUUCCACUUGUGUGGAGGUGCACAACAUGAAUAAAUAUUUGUUAUUCAGCAA